GCUGGUUGGAUGUAGGGAUUUUCAGUCAGAUUUUUAUGGAAGAAAACAUGAAACGUGGGAUUGAUAAACCUUUUAACCAUGAAUCAAGCAUUUAACUGCAUAAAAUGAACUACAACGCCGCAUAAACCUUUAAACAUUGCGCAUUUUGUCAUACAUAGCAUAGCGAUUUGGUGGACAUACGAACGGGGUAGGUAGAGAGGCUGCUGCUAACUGUCACUAAGCAGCCACAUCAGCAAGAGAUUCUAUCAUGGCUGACAGUAUUAUGAGCAAGGCUGCAACCAUGGAGAUUCCCAUAAACAGCAACGGAGACACAGGCAGCUUGCCAGAGGAUGACAGUUUAGAACAGGACUUGCAGCAGGUGAUGGUGUCUGGGCCCAACUUGAAUGAAACCAGCAUUGUGUCCGGAGGCUACGGGGGACCAGCAGGGGGAAUCAUCCCCACCAGCAGCAUCAAAGGACCUGCCAUUCACUACAACCCGCAAUAUUUGGAGCGGAGGCGUGGUCCUGCUCCUGCACCAGACAUCCGCAUGAAAUCCAGGGGAGUUAACUGCCUGUCCACUGAUCGAAUAGCUCAUCAUAAAGAAGUCCAUUCAGGAUCGUCCAAUCACAACUCGGGUAAUUCGACAGAGGAGCUGACCAGAGGAGUGGCCGUGGAAAAGCUGGACAGUGUAAAGAAAUGGGGGAUUAACACGUACAAGUGCACCAAGCAGAUGCUCUCGGAGCGCUUCGGCAGAGGCUCUCGGACAGUGGACCUGGAGCUGGAGGCUCAGAUCGACCUGUUACGAGACACAAAGCUCAAGUAUGAGAACAUCCUGAGACUAGCUACAGCUCUCAGCUCACACUUCCAGAGCAUGGUACAGACCCAGCAGGCACUUGGAGACACCUUCACCGAUCUCAGCCAGAAAUCCCCUGAGCUCCAGGAUGAGUUUGGGUACAAUGCAGAGACCCAGAAGCUACUGUGUAAGAAUGGAGAAUCUCUGCUGGGGGCCAUCAGCUUCUUUGUGUCCAGUGUGGACACUCUGGUCAACAAGACCAUGGAGGACACACUUUUGACCAUCAAGCUCUAUGAGAAUGGACGGCUGGAGUUUGAUGCAUACCGCUCCGAACUGGAGGAGUUGAGCAUGGGCCCACGAGACGCUGCCUCCAUGAUCCGGAUUGAGAUGGCCCAGCACGAGUACCAGCACUACAGAGACAAGUAUGAGAGACUGCGCAGCGAUGUCACCAUCAAACUCAAAUUCCUCGAGGAAAAUAAGGUGAAGGUGAUGCACAAGCAACUCCUCCUGUUCCACAAUGCCAUCUCGGCGUACUUUGCAGGAAACCAGCAGCAGCUGGAACAAACUCUCAUACAGUUCAACGUGAAACUAAAGCCUCCUGGCUCAGACAAGCCCUCCUGGCUGGAGGAACAGUGAACCUGGAAGUAGAGUACCAGAGAACCAGAGGAGGGAGAGUACUGAAGGAGACUGACCAACACAACAUGAAUCCUUUGUUUGAUAAGUUGUACCACCUAUAUGACAUAAUGGACAACACUUUUAUUUGUAUUUAAAGGUGCCGUACCUGAUUUCUUAAAAACAUGAAAAACAGUCCAUUUUAAGUGGUUUAAGUUAUUCCUCACGUACCUUAUGCAUUCCAUACAUCCUAAUUACUCACCGCAAUGACUUUAUAAAUGUUUUUCAUAAGGUCAGAGUGGAAUUUUGACUCAUGGUAAUGCUAACAACAACUAGCAUCCUAACAACACACUUCCUGAUUAUCAGACAAUAGAAAACACAUUUUGCUUAAAUACAGUGGGGAAAAAUCAGGUACAGGAUCUUUAAGUCUAGAACCUUCUUGCUUUUCUUUAGGCAGAGCAAUCAUAAUUUCUGUCAGCUUCUAUUACUUCUGUACAGAGCUACUACUGUGAAUAUAUCCCACAUCAGGUUUGCACAUAUUUUAUUUUGUUGUUUUGUUUAUGUCUGAAGCAUAUUCACUUUAUCAUGUUUAUCACUAAUACAAAUCAACAGAGCUGGAACGCAUUGACCCACUGUAGUGCGAUAUCACUGCAGCUCAAAUCUAUUUUCCUAACUACCCUAGCCUCUUAAAAUAUAUCAUUCUUACUGCACAGGUUAUGUCCAAUAUCAGGACAUAUGAAAGGAACUGUAUGUGGUCUGCAAUCUUACAGUUUAAAAAUGUAUUACAGUCACAACUGAACCUGGAUUGCCAGUGCCUUAUCUUACACAUUGAGGGCACACAGAAGUUUUUCUCAUUCUCAGUAUAUACUAUAUAAUAUAUAUAGAUAUUAUAGCAGUAGCAGAGGCACUGGUUAAUGAUUGGCUGCAACUGUGGAUGCUGGGGUUUAGUUAGUGUCGAUUUAGAUCAGAGAGUCUUUUUUAGAGUUUAAAGACCUAUUGUUGUUUUGUCUGCUACAUAGUUAUAAUCUAUAACACCCGUGGAUCAUUAUGUUAUAAUUUCCCCAUUUUAAAUCUCAAUAUUCAUCUAAAAAGACUCACUAAAAGAAAUAGGUUCACUGACUUCCACAUUAGAAUGUGUGGUGCCCAGUGAGAGCUGAUGUUGCCUUAAACGGCAUCACAAGAAAGAGCUGUGCAGCCCCUGUUAUCCUGCAGAUCACGCUGCUCCAAACUUACUACACGAUGCUGCUGAAUCCGAGGUGUAUUUAUAAGAAAAUAAAAUUGGAGAACAAAGUACAGAGCAGUGGGCGUAUACCGGUGGCAGUGAAAAUGGAGGUUGAUAGGAGGAAUGACAUCUUGAAUACAUGAGAAUAAAGAUAAGAUAUGCCUUUAUUAGUCCCACUGUGGGGAAAUUACAGAUUACUCAAACAUGCAUGAAUCACUCUAAAUACAACUUCAAGGGGGUAAAUAAAGCAUGGUUAAAAGCUCUAAAAAGUAGAUUUUGCAGAAUAGAUCCACUUUAAACCAACUGGAUUUCAGAGUUGACACUGGCAACCCAAAUAAGAGACUCAUGUGAGGCUCAUUCUGGUUUCUUUUUUUUUGUAAUUAAGAGCAAAUCAGCAUUACAGUUAUAACUAUUAGAAGCUUUAUUUGAUUUGAACAUAUCUACCUCUUAUCUGGGGUUACAGUUAAGUCAAGUUUAUGGAAUUUAAAUCAAAAUCUUAGAUACAGUUCCUUUAAGGUAAUAUUUUUAAGGUAAUAUUUUUACCUUUUUUUUAGUUAUGUCAUUGUCUUUGGUAUCCUGCUUUGUAGAAACCAACUGUUUACCGACACACACAUUAAAAUGAAAACACAUAUUUAUUCACUUUUAUUCAUUCUUUAUUUAAUCGGUAAAUAUUCACCAGAUGUAUUUUUAACAGGCCUACACACUCAUGAUCCUUAUUUUUAUAUUGUCCCUGUACAGACAAUAAAUAGUGUAACCAUGCUCAGAGAGGCAUGCCCAGUGGUAGCAAUAGGAACUAGUCUGACAAUAACUGUUGAAACUUGAGAUGUUAGUGAAUACUAACUUUUGAGAUGUUAUGACAGAGCAUCUGCCAGUAGAGGGCAGCAGUGACCAACCUAAACCAGGUCAUUUAGUGGGCCUUUUUAACAAAACAAACAUGGUUAUAAAUAAGUUUACUAUGUGAUGUCUGUAAAAUAACAUCUCUUUUGGUACAUUUUAAUUUGCAUUCUUCUGCUGUUGUCUUGGUCCUGCAUUUUCAAUAAAAACUGC